CAGUGUCACAGAAAAGGAAACAGCUUUGGGGAGGGAAAAAAUAGAGCUAAGGUAGGGUUAGCUACGAACGCACACCCAAUACAGAUUCGCGGUCAGGAAAGCAAUCUUGGUGAGUGGACUACGCGGAGUUGCGGCUCGGGGGAAAAGCUGAGGUAGAAUUUUCUCGACAUUAGAAAAUCUCUCGAAUCUCUCCUCGUACUUUUUACCCACAUCGCAAAGAAGUUCGAGUUAAAUCAGUGCCCGGGAGCUGCGUCGUCACAUACAGAUGGCCCGUCGGGGCGAGUUUCUGCGGGCCUGCCUGCUGGUCUGCAUCGGAAUUCUCGGAUGGGGUGCUCGGCCGAGUUUCGCACAAACAACACAAACGACACUACUGUCCACAGCUGUAGAAUCAUCCCCAACAGCAGCAACUGACACUUCCAGGAUUGUUAGUGGUACAUCUGGAGGUAGUGUCCAACCUGCGACAGCACAAACAGGUACUAUGCCAGAGGAGACGACAGUGCCAGUAACAAUGCCAGUAACAAUGCCAACAACAGAGUCAAAUGCUGCAACAACGGGAGCACCUCCUGCUAUAACAACAGGAGCAACUCCCAUGGCAACUACAGGAGCACUACCCACUGCAAACCCUGGGACCAUGGCACCUCCAACGACCAGCAGUGGUGUCCAACCUACCUCAGCUUCUGAUGAUGGCAUGUUAAGUCCUGAAGAACGGAGACAAUAUGAAGAGCGAAUCGGUGUUUUCGACUAUUACCACAGAGAGUACGAAGGAUAUGAUGGCUGGUAUAACAACAUGGCCCAUCCCGACUGGGGUGGAUCAGAGCUUCCUUUGACAAGAAGACUUCCUGUUGCCUAUGCUGAUGGUGUGUACAUGAUGGCCGGGAAGGACAGACCUAACCCAAUCGACGUUAGUGAGGCGACCAUGAGGGGCGACACUGGUCUUCCGUCCUUCCUCAACCGGACAGCAUUCAUGACAUUCUUCGGACAACAAGUUGUUGAAGAGAUCUUGGAUGCCCAAGGGGCAGGUUGUCCCCCUGAGUAUGAGAACAUUGAAAUUCCAGAGGGUCACGAGUACAAGGACAUGACUAAAAACAACUCACAUGGUCCCGUGGACUUCAUUCCAUUCUUGAGAACCCGCUACAGCUUCAACACUGGUUAUUCACCAAACGUACCCCGUGAACAGUUGAAUGAAAUAACCCCAUGGAUCGACGGUGGUCUGGUGUAUGGAACCACCAAGGCCUGGGCUGAUGCGUUGCGAUCCUUCGAGGGUGGUCGCCUGGCAGACAACUCCAAGAACAACCCAAAUGAGAAGGGCUUCCCAGAGGAGAACACGAUAGGUCUUCCCAUGGCAAAUGUGCCGCCCCCAGCAGAAGCCAAAGAUCACGUUCUCAGGAAUGUAAGACGAUUCUUCAAACUUGGAAACCCUCGUGGCAAUGAGAACCCAUUCCUGCUGACCUUUGGCAUAUUGUGGUUCCGCUGGCACAACUACUGGGCUGACAAAAUCUACAAUUCAACCAUGGAUCACCGUUAUGAGUGGAAUGAUGAACGCAUCUUCAAUGAAGCUCGCAAGUGGGUCAUUGCCACUUACCAGAAAAUCGUACUUUAUGACUGGCUACCUGCCUUCUUGAAUAUGGAUGCUGAGGAAAUUGAAACAAACAGAUAUACAGGUUAUAAGAGCUAUGUACAUCCAGGAAUAACCCAUGAGUUUCAGUCAGCUGCCAUGCGCUUUGGACACACAUUAGUCCCACCAGGGGUCUAUCGUAGAGAUGCGCAGUGUAACUUUCUGAACACUUCACUAGAGUCUAGUAACAUCCCUGGCACUCAGUUUAGCCCAGUGCAUGGAGUUCGAACGUGCAACUCUUUCUGGAACCCACAGCUGCCUAUCCGCGAGUAUGACAUUGAGAACUUCUUGAUGGGUAUGGCCUCCCAGAUAACAGAACGUGAGGAUAACAUUAUCACCAUUGAUCUGCAACGGCGUGUUUUUGGUCCUUUGGACUUCUCACGUCGUGACCUGAUGGCACAAAACAUCCAGCGAGGUCGUGACCACGGACUGCCAGACUACAACACGGCACGUGAAGCUCUAGGAUUGACACCAGUCAAGAGUUUCAGGGAAAUCAAUAAUGCCACCAUUUUUGAAAAUGACCAGACAGGCAUCGAUCCGUCAAUUCUUGAUAAUCUUGAAGAGGUGUGUAAGGGUGACUUAUCAAAGAUUGACAUCUGGCCAGGAGGGCUUUUGGAAACCACCGCUAAUGGGCCCGGACCUCUUUUCCGGAAAAUCAUCUUGGAUCAGUUUUUACGGACCCGUGAUGGAGACCGUUUUUGGUUUGAGAAUGAACAGAAUGGAUUGUUUACCAAAGAGCAGAUUGAAUACAUCAGGAACAACAUCUCGGUGUACGAUGUCCUGAUUCUUGCAACUAAUAUAAAACCAGGGGAGGUCCAACAAGAUGUAUUCCAUUACAUGGCCGGUGACCCGUGUUGGGAUAUGCAUCCCAAUGAAAAUCAUUCCAUCAAUGAGAAGGAUAUGGAAGAAUGCACCAUGCUGUAUACCUUUGAUUAUUUCACUGGUAGUGAGAUCUCCUAUGCAGUGUCCUACUUUGCCCUGGGCUUGUUCUGUCUUGGCGUUGUACUCACAUUGUUCAUUUGUGCCAGGAGACGCACUAAGGCCACUGAGGAAGUACGUAAGGCUACGCGCACUAAAACUCGCAAAGGCAAAGGACCCGAAUCUCUACAGAAAUUCCCAGCUCUUGAAUGGUGUGGCAGCAAGUCUGGUACCCGGCCCAUCCAGGUGGCCUUGGGACCAGGCAAAGCCAUCAAAGUGAUGAACGAGCGUGGCAACAAGCUGUACCGAACCAUCGACCUGGCCCACCACCAGAAGAUCACCCUGUGUGUGUCGCCAGACGGCAACCGUCGCUACGUCCUUUUACACAUGGAGCGAGAGUACGACCUGGUGCUGAAGUUUGAUGACAUUGAGAGCCGGACGGAGUACAUCAGUGAGCUGCAGAGCUUCCUGGGCAGUGGGGAAGUGGGCCUGGGCCAGGAACGUCAGGAGACCCGGGAGAAGGACCUGUUGAGAAUGGCCAUCACCAAAGAGCACCGGCAGAAGACACUGGAACGCUUUUUCCGUGUGGCAUUUGCCCAGGCCUUCAAUGAGUCGGUGGACUCCACGGAUUUGUCUGAGCUGGAGAGGACUGAUGCCAAAGACGUCUUGAACAAUGAGCUGACCAAGACAGAGUUUGCUGAGAUGCUGUCCAUGCCUCCGGACUCGAUCUUCGUGGAGCAGAUGUUCGAUUUGGUGGACAAAGACCAGAGUGGUGCCUUGUCCUUCCGCGAGUUUCUGGACGUCAUUGUCAUCUUUGCUAAAGGAAAGCCUGAAGAGAAGCUGAAACUGAUGUUCAACAUGUACGACGUUGAUCGCUCUGGCCAUCUUUCCCGUGAUGAGUUCAUGACCAUGCUGAAAUCCAUGAUGGAGACGGUGAGUGCCUCCUUGGAGCAGAAGCAGCUGGAGGACGUCAUUUCAUCCAUGUUCAAGGCGGCUGGCUUUGAGAACAAGGAGGAGCUGUCACUGGAGGAUUUCAUCACUCUCAUGGGAGACCACAAGGAGGAACUGAGCCAGGCUGCCCUUCAGCUGCAAGGAGCUGAUGUACCUGAGGCUGCACAGCCUACUCCCGACCGCGGUGCCACCGUCAUAAGGAGAGAGAAUGCACCUUCCCGUGCUCGCAAAACCAUCGUCCGGGCCUAUGCUGAAAAGGACAGUGACAGACCAAGAACAGCCAAGAACCGCUACCAGUCCCGGGUGAUCCGUGUUGAAACCAAGAAAGCAACCUACACCGAGAACAGGACCCAGCAAAAACUGAACAGGUUCCUGCGCUACAUUGAGAACAACCGGCUGCAGCUUUUCUACCUGGUACUGUACAACCUGGUCUUGGCUGGCAUCUUCAUUGAGCGUGCCUACUACUACUCUGUUGAGCGUGAGCAUGGGGGCCUCCGUCGCAUUGCUGGCUACGGUGUGACUGUAACUCGUGGAGCCGCGAGUGCCAUGAUGUUCACCUACUCGACCCUGCUGGCGACCAUGUGUCGGAACACCAUCACGUUCCUGCGCGGGACGUUCCUCCAUCGCUAUGUGCCCUUCGACUCGGCUCUGUUCUUCCACAAGUUUGUCGCCAUGCUGGCCUUGUUCUGGUCUGUUGUGCACACCAUUGGCCAUUCCCUCAACUUCUACCACAUCGCGACCCAGACUGCCAGUGAUCUCUCCUGCCUGUUCCGUGACUUCUUCAAUGGGUCUCAUGAGCUUCCAAAGUUCCACUUCUGGGCCUAUCGCACCAUCACUGGUUUCACUGGAAUCCUCCUUGUCAUGGUGUGUGCCAUCAUGUACACCUUCGCCUUCAGCUAUGCCCGCCGUAAGGUCUUCAACCUGUUCUGGCUGACCCACAACCUGUACGCUUUCUAUUUCUUCCUGAUGGUUAUGCACGGCAGCGGCAACCUGGUCCAACCUCCUUUCUUCUACUACUUCUUCCUGCCCCCUGUCAUUGUCUUCACCCUGGACAAGUUGGUCAGCGUCAGCCGCAAGAAGGCCGAGAUCACCGUAGUCAAGGCUGAGCUACUGCCUUCCAACGUGACCAUGCUGGAGUUUAAGCGCCCUACCACCUUUGAGUACAAGUCUGGCCAGUGGGUGCGCAUCGCCUGCAAGACCUUGAACAGCAGUGAAUACCAUCCCUUCACCCUGUCCUCGGCUCCCCACGAGGAGAACCUGUCACUCCACAUUCGUGCUGUGGGACCCUGGACCAUUAACCUGCGGCACACCUUUGACCCCAAUGUGGUCCGGGAGCAACCCUACCCUAAGCUGUUCUUGGAUGGUCCCUACGGUGAAGGGCACCAGGAUUGGUACCAGUUUGAAGUGUCUGUUCUGGUGGGUGGUGGUAUCGGUGUGACUCCCUUCGCCUCCAUCCUGAAGGAUCUGGUGUACCGCUCGUCCCAGGGACAGAAAUUCACCUGCAAGAAGGUGUACUUCAUCUGGGUGACUCGUACCCAGAAGCAGUUUGAGUGGUUGACUGACAUCAUCCGUGAGGUUGAGGACAAGGAUGUCAACGACCUUGUCAGUGUCCACAUUUUCAUCACCCAGUUCUUCCAGAAGUUUGACCUCCGCACCACCAUGCUGUACAUCUGCGAGCGCCACUUCCAAAAGAUCUCGGACCGCUCCCUCUUCACCGGCCUACGCUCCAUCACUCACUUUGGGCGUCCACAGUUUGAGCCCUUCCUGCAGUCUCUACAAGAAGAGCAUCCCUCGGUGGGAAAGAUUGGUGUGUUCAGUUGUGGCCCUCCUGGCAUGACCAACAAUGUGGAGAAAGCCUGCUCAGAACUCAACAAGUAUGAUGGUGCUGCCUUCAUCCACCACUUUGAGAACUUCUAAGCUCCGUUUCCUUCUUAGGGGUCAGUCAAUGUUUCAUUGAAGCCUGUGAAGUACAAAGCAAAAUAUCCAGAGUGUGGUUUUAUCCAAUUAACAAAUUAAUUGUUAUUGUCAACGUAUUUUUAUCCUAGAGUGUGAAAAGUAAAAAUGCUUCUGUGUCAGCAAGUUUGAAAUGCAUAAAGGAAACAUUGAAUUUAAGUGCUACGUGUAGUUUCAUGCUAUUUGUUGUGCAGUGUUGUCAUAUCUCACUGGAACUUUUUCUCACAUUUUACAAAUUUUUGUAUCACCAUAGAUAACUCUAACACUUGACAGUACUUUUUCAUAUUAAUUGGUGUUUAAAAUUAGACUUCGCUACAGUUUUUUAUAUAAUUUUGUAAAUGGACAAGAGCAGGUAAAAGGUGUGGAUUAAUUAAAUAGUACACUUUGCAGAUACCUGUACUAAUGGUUAUAUCCUUUUUUCCUCCCAUUGAGCACCAGUUUUAACAAAUUUAGAAAAUUGACUCUGUAGAUAGUGGCUUAAUUUUGACAAAUUUUUGUCAUUGAAAACAGAAGUGAGGGUGUGGAAAAUUUAUUCAGUAUUGCAGUGUCUGCCUUUCAGGGUUAUGAUUGUUUGCUGUACACUGGUGACGUUUGUAUCUGCUGUACUUGAGAAACUGUUCUAUUAUGUUGGAAACUCUUCCACUGCAAUAACUUUCUAUGCAUUUGUCGGUAAGUUUGUGUACCUUAUUAAUACUUUGUCAUGAGUUGUGGUCCGACGUUUGAAGAGGGGAAUAUUACAGUUUUGGUAAUACAUUACAUUUUGCCAACUGCAAUGAAGUCCAUGAUGUUGAUUUAGAAUGCAAGCUUCACUUGAGUGCCUCCAACUGUCCAGACUACUGGAAGAAUUUGUGAAGUACAUGUAAUUGGUUUGGAUUUUCACAGUAGGUAUUUCCUCUUGGCUGUUCAUAUCACAGUCAUUGAUGCAUUUGCAGCAAAAUCCAGGCCGACAGUGUUGUUCAGGUCAGUCGAUGCUUCUGUCUUGCCAUGUGUAAGGCUUUGCCGUGCAUGAGGGAUGCCUGAGGCCAUGAGGGAAACAAACAAACAAAUGGUGUGAAGUUUUUGUGUCACCUUUGGAAAAGUGUGGCAGUAUCUCUUAAAAAAACAAGAGAAAAGAGGGAGGGAUACCUUUGAAAGGCCACUUUUAUUUCUAAAAUUUUGGAACGUGAACGCAAUUUGGCAAAAUCUUUCUUAGUACUGCACUGCACAUAAUAUAUAUAUAUUUUUUGAAAUAUUAAGAAAUGUGUAAACAGAUUUUCGUUUGACUUAAAAGUAACCAGUUAACGUUAUUACAACAGUUACUGAUAUUGUAAUGCAAAUAUGAUAGCAGGUAGUUUUGUUCGUUUCUUAAAAGUUAAACUAGCGGUUGAAACCUUACACAGUCUGAGAGUUCAUUUCAGAGAAAAGGGUAAUCAGGAAAGCGUCGUUUCGACUUCACGAAAAAUUAUCCAAGGAUGACAGUAUUUUGACGUCGUUUGUAGAAAGCUUUAAAUCAGCGAGCUUGUAGGCACGUUUGUAAGAACAUGUAUUAUUUUGUUUAUAUAAUGACAAAACCGAAGUGCUUCCGUAAAAUCGUAGUUUAGAACACUUUACCAAAAAAAUAAGACUGUAGUGAUAGCCAGUGACAGUUCCUCUUUUGCAUCAGGCACUUGUUACAUUUUGUCAAAACAGCUACAUGCAGCAUUUUGCGUGACUUUGAUAAAGUGAAUGUGUUAAUGAAAUUCCCUUGAGAUUGGUUUUUCGGAGAUGCAACACCAGUGUUCCAUAUUGGCAUAUAUUCAGUGUAUUACCGGGGCUGGUUGUAUAUUGAAUAUAACCGUGUUAUUGGUGUAUGGUUUGAUUGCAGUUUUCAUCGUUCUCCCAUUAUAAAUAUUUUUGUUGUGACAUCUUGUUUCGUGGUGCAUUGGCGUUGUUGCCCGGACUUUGUUUUUGUAUAUUCCCGUUGUUUUGUUUUAUAAUUUCUAUUUGUCAAAAUUACAUUUUGUUUUAUAGAUAUUCAUGUAUUUAGUUGUGGUACCUUCUUUUCUGUGAAAUUAAUAAACAAGAAACAGGUCAUUUUGGUGGUAAUAACUAUGUUA